CACUCAUUGAGCGCGCAGCAAAUUUUAGUGAAGUGCUGAACGAAGACUCUACCCUAGCAGAUCCUUAUUCAGUAGGUCUGAGACAGAGCCCAGAAACGUGCAGUUUAAAUAAAUCCUGCCUCCAACCUCAGUUAACAAGAGUUCAAGGGUAACGGGCUGGGCUGCUCCACCACUAGGUCUUGAAUCCCCGUAACGGACAGAUACAGCUGCUUCACAGGGUUGCCGUGGGGAGUCACUGAGCUAAUGCACGUCGCAUUCUCGGCUCCGUGAAGAACACAGGCCAAGCGCAGAGACUGGGCCUCACAGAAAGUAAGCCGCAGCCCCAGCUUCCUGGGAGUUGAUUGUCUCUGAAGAAACAUGAAGACACACUGUGUUGUUAUGCUUACUCUAGCCAUCCUGGUAUUCCUGACAUGGGUCCCUGUGUCACUGAGUUGUAACAAAGCACUCUGUGCUAGUGAUGUGAGCAAAUGCCUCAUUCAGGAGCUCUGCCAGUGCCGACCUGGAGAAGGAAAUUGUUCCUGCUGCAAGGAGUGUAUGUUGUGUCUUGGGACCCUUUGGGAUGAGUGCUGUGAUUGCGUUGGUAUGUGUAAUCCUCGAAACUAUAGUGACACACCUCCAACUUCAAAGAGCACUGUGGAAGAGCUUCAUGAGCCAAUCCCUUCUCUCUUCCGGGCUCUCACAGAAGGAGACACUCAGUUGAACUGGAACAUUGUUUCCUUCCCUGUCGCAGAAGAACUCUCACAUCAUGAGAAUCUGGUUUCAUUUUUAGAAACUGUGAACCAGCCACACCAUCAAAAUGUGUCUGUUCCUAGCAAUAAUGUUCACGCACCUUAUUCCAGUGACAAAGAACACAUGUGUACUGUGGUUUAUUUUGAUGACUGCAUGUCCAUACAUCAGUGUAAAAUAUCCUGUGAGUCCAUGGGAGCAUCCAAAUAUCGCUGGUUCCAUAACGCCUGCUGUGAGUGCAUUGGUCCAGAGUGCAUCGACUAUGGUAGUAAAACUGUCAAAUGUAUGAACUGCAUGUUUUAAAGGAGAAGAAUGCAAACCAAAGCAAUUUAGUCAACAAGAAAGAAUAAAAAGCUAUUUGGUGAGGUCUACUGGUUGCACCAGAAUGCUAGCAGGUUAAGAAGAUAUAAAGAAUUUGGACUGAGUUAAAGUAUGACAAAUGCAGUAAUGUGUUAAAUUAUAACUGCUCUGGUUGAUUUUAUAGCCCACUGUCAAUAAGCCCCUUCCCCUAUAUACAUUUACAACUUUGGUCGUAUGAGAAGCAAGUACACAGAGAAUUCCUUGAAAGAUCUGAGGUCUCUGACAUAAAGCCUGAUGUCAUUUUUUUCUAGCAUUCCAAAAGCCUUUGGUUUUGAAAGUGUUAGAGCAUGUUAACGUAAGUUAUGAUUUCUUCAUUUACUACUACUGGGACACUGAGUUUUUCCAGUUGUACGCUAGACUUCAUUCACUGUGCCUUGACUCGUUUAUCUCCUUUAUCUAGAUAUUCAAAUAUAUCACCCUGAGAACUCACAUAAAAAUCACCGUUAAAAGCUUAAUUUCAAACCUUGUAAUGUUCGUUUUAGAAAGUAAAUGCUUACUACAUUUUACAGUUUAGAACUUUUAUAUAGUAGAAUCCAUCCUGUAAUACACAUGUUGACAGAACUUUGGGGAAAGUUUCUCCUUCUCCUACACCCCCUUGCCCAAAGUACUGAGUAGGUAGUGAUAAAAGAAUUUUGAACAAGAAUUUCAAGGCACACCUGUAUCACUGCCUUAAAUAUUCUGCUAGGUAAAUAAUGAGAAAGUUAAAGCAUUUCUCUGACUUAGGGUACCAGCUUAAAGAGCACUAGCAAUGGGAAAUGCCUGCCAAAUCAGAUGCUACUGAGAGCACUAGGGAAAUGGCUUGUCCCGUUGUACAGAGAUGGCAAGGCUGAAAGGAGAAGCCAUGCUGCUGGGUAGAGAGAACAAGCUCACUCAGCCUUAGCAUGGGCAGAGCCAUGUUCCCCAAUGAUGAGUGAUAGGGGAUAAAGAAGAAACUUAUGGGUAUGAGCAGGGAAGGUUGAAAGUGCUGGCAAUUCUUAUGGGAAACAAAUCUAAAACUAUUUACAUUAAUUAUUUUAUUAUAUUGUAAUCUUUCCUUCAGGUUUCUGUCUGGAUUGAAUGUUCUUAUUAAACAAAUAUAAUCCUACAGUGGGAGGUUAAGAUUAUGAAAUGGAAAAGAGAUCUGUUCAAGAUGAUGUUAACUAUAGACUGCUUUGUUUUACAUGUUUCAAUAAUGGUAAAUACUGUGUACCCUUCAUCAUAAUAAAAUCCCAGUCUUCAAGCAUGAAUCUAAAACAUAAAUAUUUAUAUUACAGAGACUCUUAAUUUUACAAAAUUAUUAAUUUCUUCAGUACAUUAUGAAUUACAAGUAACUUGUAGGAAUAUCUUUUUAUAUGUCUAAAUAUUUUAGUACAUAAAAAUAGCUAAUGCUCUUAGACACUUUGUAUUCAUUAUAUGAAUAGUAGUUACAAGAUCAUAUGUAAUAUCAUGAUUAACUGUCAUAAAAUCUAAAGCCUUAAUACCUUUUCUGUUCUUUCAGACAACUCUAAUGAAUACUCAAGGUACUUUAGCCUUUUCAAAAACUUUUGGCCUUUCAAAAAAAAGCUAAAAUUUAGCUCUUGUAUGUAUAUUUAAAAUCGGAAAACAUUGGGAUAUCUUUUUCUUCCUUUUAUCUAGAAUGCCUCUGUUUAAAAGUGCCUUGAAAACAUUUUAGCUCCCCUUCCUCAUUAAUGCCUAUAAAGCUAAAGGUUUUCUUAAAACCUUUUAAACUUAAAAAAGAGAAAGUUUUAAAAGAAUCUGCAUCCAGCUUCUUCAUUUCCACUUUGCUAUUCUUCAAAGUAAUUUCAUACUUAUGAAUAAAGAAAUCGUUUUUUGUUUAUUGA